AAAAAAUGAUCUUUCGUCGUUUAGCAAACAUUCGAGUCAAACUUGGCUUGAUACACCAGAGCCUUCAAGACCAAUAGAGAUGCUGCAAUGCAUCAUAUGCAUUGUGGAUCUCCGGAAAUCUGCUUCAGGUUCUUUGUUGCGCAUGAGUGGUGGUGAUACAUUGUUUGUCGAUACAUCGGACUUUCGCGA